AUGUGUAAGGACCUCUUUAAAUUCGAAGAGGAUGAUCAUGACGGAGAUGUUGAUGAAGAACAUGGUGCCCGUGAUUACAUGAACACCAUGAAGAUCACAGAUGCUGAAAAUUGCGACUUCACAGCUGAGAAACUGGGCAGCGGUUGCACUCAACCAAUUCUGAAAAAUACUGUGAAAACUCAACCACCUCUCCAGUUGGUUCCAAUGCAAACAGUAGAGGGAGGCGCUGAAGGCGCAGAUUAUGAAAAUGAAGGAAAUAACGAAAUCCUUGAUAGGCACGCCGGCAUGGUCGAGCGUAUCGGCGAAAAUGGCGAUGUGACGAUUAAAGCUGUAACGGUGUUCUCGGUAUUGUGGAACCAGAAGGAAGUUCUUGUGCUUACCGCAAGAUCUCGAUCAUCUUGCAAGAGACGAAGAAGGCGACGCUUGCAAGGCAGCUGCUGA